AUGACAACUGCUACCAACCAAUCCAUCCGAAGGCAUAUAUGUAUCCAUCUCGCUAAUGAAACACAGCAAAUCUCCAGAGAGAACACGCCAAUCGGAAUCGAAUCGAAAACGCCAAAUAAUGAAUCCAAAAAUAGUGUAUCCGGGGGUUGGCAUCGGCCAGUCGUCUUCCGUGAUGCUGCUCCAGAAGAGCCACACGACGACGACCGACAAGAGAGUGAAGAAAGUUUCAAAGAGCGCCCCGUUGACCUUGCCGUGCGUUGGAUUGCAGAUGUGGACGCUGAUCACAAAGUUGAAGAUCUGUCCAAUCGCGAAAAGAAGGGCGGCCGCGUGUGGAUACGGAUACGCACUCAUAGGUCUCCGCUCUCCCAGGAUGCGGAGGACAAGGACGGCCUCCAAGACAUAGUAGAGGACGAGGCAAACCAGCGGGAAGAGAAGGUAGAGAACGUAAAGACCGAUGUUGCGGUUAUCACCCGACAGACUCGAGGCAAAGUGGCCGGUCCAGCUGAAGGCGGUGUCCAGCGCAAUAUACCCCGUGCCGAUGAAGAACACCGCAGACGAAGAGAGAAACAGCGCUAUCGAGACGGGCGUGCCAUCGUCGAGGAACUGGAAACCGACGAGGGCGUUCAGGAAGAGAAUCCAGCAAGUUGUCGUGACCGCAGCCACAUGAACGGCGGUAAAGCCCUAGUAAAACAAUCAGGAGAGCGUCUUCGAAAACAGACCAUCCGGACGCACCUUGCGAACCACUGGAUCCAGAGGAAAAGCGCCCACGGUGAAGAUCUCGCAUAUUGA